AUGAAAAUUGAACUUUGGGAUACAGCUGGUCAAGAACGAUUUCAUGCUUUAGCUCCUAUGUAUUACCGUGAUGCUGCAGGAAGUUUAAUUAUCUAUGAUAUAACAAGUGCUGCGUCAUUUCAUCGAGCAAAAUUAUGGGUUACAGAAUUAUAUCAAACGAAUAAUAUUAAUAUGGUGAUUGCUUUAGUAGGAAAUAAAGCUGAUCUAGCCAUAGGAGAAAAACGUGAAGUUGAUAUGCGAGAAGCUAGUGAAUAUGCAGAAGUAAAUGGACUUAUUUUUAUGGAAACAUCAGCAAAAAGUGGUGAAAAUGUACACGAAAUAUUUAUGAAUAUUGCUAAAAAAGUUCUUUUAAAACAACCACUGAAUAAAUUGGAGAAACCACGUAACAUAAUUGCAUCAAAAAAAUCGCGAUCAGAUAACAGUAGCAACUGUUGCGAUAGUAAAACCAAAUGA